GUCACAGUUUCCUACAGGGGUUGGAAUGCCUAACAGAGGUCCAAAGGUGAGCGCAGGAUAGUGCUCCAUGCAGUCUUAAGAAGGGGCUCCCUCCCCUUACCUACUGCAAUGGAAGUCUUAAGCGUGGGCAAAUUAAAAAAAAAAAAAAAAAAAAAGAAGAGCGUGAGUAACAAGACUACAACUCCCGACCUGCAUUGCGAACGGUCUUCGCCACAGUGUUCUUUGGAGACUGUAGUCCUAGGAAGAUACUCUUCCAACGCCCGAAACGAGCGCGAUUACCACCACAACCCCUUUGAUAGACUGAAGACAUUCUCACGAUUAUGCACGUCGACAGCCCCACAGCAUGGAACCACAGGUCACUCUGAAUGUAACUUUUAAAAACGAGACACAAAGCUUUCUGGUUUCUGAUCCAGAAAACACAACUUGGGCUGACGUUGAAGCUAUGGUAAAAGUUUCUUUUGAUCUGAACACUAUUCAAAUAAAGUACCUGGAUGAAGAGAACGAAGAGAUAUCCAUCAACAGCCAAGGAGAAUAUGAAGAAGCACUUAAGAUGGCGGUGAAGCAGGGAAACCAGCUGCAGAUGCAAGUCCACGAAGGGCACCCUGCCACCACCACCACUGCCACCACUGCUUCUGCUGCUGCCGAAGCCCCAGCCCUGCCGAGGGCAGAAAGAUGCGCAGCUCCCAGGCCGGGGAAGAAGCCAGUCGCACACUACUCCUCCCUGGCGAGAGCUGUGGGGUCGGGCCUGAGAAGCCCCAAGGAGCCAGCACCCUGGCCAUUUCCACUUGCUCCGUGUGACUCGGACCACACCCAGGACGGGCCUCCAGACUGGUUCACGAGCUACCUGGAGACCUUCCGAGAGCAGGUCGUUAGAGAGACGGUGGAGAAGCUGGAACAGAAGCUGCACGAGAAGCUGGUCCUCCAGAGCCCGUCCUUGGGCCCCUGUGCCUCCGACAUCUCCGUGCCUGCUUCAGGGGACAUGCUGUUCCUGCCAGAAAACCUGUUCAGUUGGCACAUUGCCUGCAGCAGCUGCCGCCGGAGGAUCGUGGGCGUGCGCUACCAGUGCAGCCUGUGCCCGUCCUACAACAUCUGCGAGGACUGCGAGGCGGGCCCCUAUGCCCACGACACUGACCACAUGCUGCUCAAGCUGCGGAGACCUGUUCUGAGUGCCUCGGAACCAGUCUCCCACCCGAAGUCCUCCGCUCCUCGCCUCCCGGCUGCCCUGGAGCAAAUCAGGCUCCAGAAACAGGUUGAUAAGAACUUUCUCAAAGCAGAAAAGCAAAGAUUGCGAGCUGAGAAGAAACAGCGUAAAGCAGAGGUUAAAGAGCUUAAAAAGCAGCUUAAACUCCACAGAAAGAUUCACCUGUGGAACUCGAUCCAUGGGCUUCAGAGCCCCAAGUCCCCUCUGGUCCGGCCCGAGAGCCUGCUGCAGCCCAGCACCCUGAGGCUCCCCGUGCAGCCCGGUGCCCUGGUCCUGCCGACCUUCAGUGCAGCCUUCGUGGAUGAGAACUUGCCAGAUGGGACUCACCUCCAGCCAGGAACCAGGUUCAUCAAACACUGGAGAAUGAAGAACACGGGGAACGUGAACUGGAGCGCGGACACGAAGCUCAAGUUCAUGUGGGGGAACCUGAUGCUGGCGUCUGUGGAGAAGAAAGAUGUCCUGGUGCCCUUCCUGGAGGCUGGCCAUGUGGGCGUGGUGUCCGUGGAGUUCAUCGCCCCAGCCCUGGAGGGGACAUACACGUCCCAUUGGCGCCUGACUCAGAACGGCCAGCAGUUUGGGCCUCGGGUCUGGUGCAGCAUCGUCGUGGACGCUUCUGCCCCCGCAGAGAGCCCCGGCAACACCAGCAAGGGCAUGAGCGGCUCCAGCAAAGCCAGGCUCAGCUGCCAGCGGGAGGAGGCCUUUCUCCUGGCUAAAGAAACCCCACUGAGCGAAGUGACUAAAGGGACAGAAGGGACAGGGGCUUGCAACCUGCAGAAGACAAAAAGUGUGGCCAGUGAGAGGGAGCUCUACAUCCCGUCUGUGGACCUCCUGACCGCGCAGGAUCUGCUGUCCUUCGAGCUGCUGGACAUAAACAUCGUGCAGGAGCUGGAGCGGGUGCCCCAAAACACCCCCGUGGAUACGACUCCUUGCAUGUCUCCUCUGCCACAUGACAGUCCUUUCCUGGAGAAGCCUGGUUUGGGGCAGAUACAGGAGGAGAGUGAAGGGGCGGGCUGUAAAGCACGUCCGGGCCCCACAGCUCCUGAAAACAGGAAGGUGGAGACCGUGGGCUCGGCGGAGGACGCAGAAGAUGACCUGAGUGGGACCCAGUUUGUGUGCGAGACCGUCAUCCGCUCUCUGACCCUGGAUGCAGCCCCAGACCACAACCCACCCUGCAAACAGAAGGCCCUUCAGCGGUCGGGGCCACAGCUGUACCCCACUGAGGAUCAGCGGGCAGCGCAGCACACACACUGCAGCAAAGAGUCCUUGAACUUCACCUCGCCUGAGGAGGGGUCCCUGGGAGCCGAGAAGGAGGAAAUUGUCUGUCUCGCUGAGGACGGAGUAGAGGAGGAGGACACGGAGGAGCUUGGAGAGGUUCAGAGCCAGUCCUCCUGCUCCUCAGAGGACUACAUCAUCAUCCUUCCCGAGUGCUUCGACACCAGCCGCCCGCUCGGGGACUCCAUGUACAGCUCCGCGCUCUCGCAGCCGGGCCUGGAGCAAGGGGCCGAAGGCGAGCUAGGGUUGGAGGCUGGGCGGGAGCCGACUGAGACUGAGAUCCAGGCCGGAACCGGAACCCCGGCCACACCACCUGCAGGGCAGCGCCCAUCCCAGGAGCACAGCCUCAGCACCAUCCUCACCACCUCACAGACUCUGCAGGCGGUGCCCCUGGGCCCUGAGGUGGGGCUCCUGCCGGCGCCACCCAGGCGUGCUCUGUGUGCACACCAUGGCCCCCCGGGAGUGGACGCCCCGGCCACCGCCCCAGAAGCCUCUGCAGCCCCCAGUCAGGUCGGAGCAGGGCCCAGAGGCUGCCCAGGACCUGUGACCAGCGGGCAGAAGAGCUGUGACCACUCAAGGCACCUGCACGGGAGCAGCAUCGCGGGAGGGCUGGUGAAGGGGGCCUUGUCCGUUGCCGCCUCUGCAUACAAGGCCCUGUUUUCUGGGCCCCCUGUGACUGCACAGCCCAUAGUUUCUGAACACCAGACCGCAUCCCUGAUGGCUCACCUCUUUGAAAUGGGUUUCUGCGACCGGGAGCUGAACCUCAGGCUGCUGAAGAAGCACAACUACAACAUCCUGCAGGUGGUGACUGAGCUGCUUCAGCUCAGCAACAACGACUGGCACAGCCACCGCUACUGAGGCGGCCUUGUCACCGCCUGCCGCUCCACGUGGUCUUUAUUCUGUCCCAGGCUUGGGGGGGAGGCCCGUGCUUGCUUUUUAAUCUGAUGAAUCUCUGGAGCCCUUCAUUGAAUUUUCAAGACAGUAUCUGUUACAGUAUUUUUUGAAGCAAAUCAAAGACCAGUACUUCACUUUAGGAACUGGACGGCUAGUGGGAAGUCAGUUUUUCAGUUGAUUUGGAUAAAACACCUCCCUCCAUUUUAGUGCAUUGAAGAGUGUACCGUGAACUUCUGUAGAACCAUUUUUCUUUCUGCUUGUACUGAAGUUGAGUAUUUUCCUCUGGUUCAUGUGGAUGUUUUUAAUGGGGAUACCUGUUGAUUGUCAGUCUUUAAAAGAAAUGAGCCUUGGCGUUUGUUCUCACCAAUUCUCCUGAUUCCUGUGGCCCGCCCCAGGCCUCACAGCCACGUGGUAUGGAAAGGGUACAGGGCAGGGCUGUUGCGCUUGCAGAAAUCUCCGCUGAAGGGAGGACGGCCAAGCUCCGGCCAUCUGAGGGCCUCGGCUCAGAGGUGCCUCAGUAGUGAGCUUGCAGACAUUUUUCUUUCAUUUAAGAAGAGAAACUUCGUGUGAAAUAUUUCACUAGUCCUCUAGAGAAGGAAAAACCCACCUAUUAAAGGGAAAGGUGAAUUUAAUAGCUACCUUUUUUGUGAAUGUCAGGGACGUUCUUUAUAGGAGAGUGGAAAGCAGGAGGGCACCGACAUGAAUCAGACUGGGGUGGCGGUGAGCGAGUGGGUGGCAAAGCCUGCAGGGCGAGCCCACUGGACAGCUUGUGGUCCACCUGCAGGCGGGAAAGAGCUCGCUCAGGGCCCAGGCCCUCGCUGUUCCCAGGUGAGCCAAGAGGAAACAGACGUGUUCAGGAAAAUGACUUCCAGAGAAGGAAAAAUCUGAAUCCCAGCCCAAAGGGGCAAGGAUAGUUAAAAUAGUAUUAUUUAACCUGGAUGGUAUUUAUAACAAGUGGCAAUUUUAAUUAAUCACUAAUUGUAAUGUUUAUUUCCAGUAUAACUCUUGAAUGCUACUAAAUAAACCAGAAUUCAGACUGCAAA